ACUAACAGAGAGAGACAGAGCAGCCUGGCUGGGAGCAACAAAAAAAAAAAAAAAAAAAACAACAACAGGCUACUUUGCGAAGAAGGCAGCUGCAUGGAUAUCGACAACAACGACGACCAGGAUUCAACGCAUGCAUUGAGAUUUUAUUUAACCAGAAUGCAUCGUAGCCUUAUAAUGUGAGUACGGUGGCGUCUUAAGUGUUCCUCGCCAGCUGAAGUGAUAUUAAUCCGGUCCUUUAAGGGGGGAAACUGUUUGCAGGCUAGCUGGCUAGCUCGCUAGCUAUCUGCGUCUCUAUGUUCGAGCGUCUUCCGGCAGCAGCGGCGGCAGCAGCGGUGCCAUGAACAGUGGACUCCCAGCUUCAGCUGCUCCGCUCGGAGGUGCCGGGAUACCAAAUGUCAAGGUGAAGUUUUGCCGAUAUUACGCGAAGGACAAAACGUGCUUUUAUGGAGAAGAGUGUCAGUUCCUGCAUGAGGAUCCGUCCAUGGCAAGCCUUCCGCUGCACGGUGGCGGAGGUAGCCCCGUCCCGUUGUCCAUGGCCGGGGGUGGCGGGACGCCAGCGGGGUAUUCCCUCGGCGGCACUGCGGCGGUCUGCCCGGGCAGCGGGGGGGCCGGAGUCUCCAAGAAGAGCGAAACAAUGGGGCCCGCAGCGUCUCUGGAGGGGCAGCUGUUAACCAUCCCAGGGAUGGAGGGCGCAACCCUGAGCGAUGCCAAUCUCACCAACUCUUACUUCAGCAGCAGCUUUAUUGGGGUCAAUGGGUUUGGGAGCCCGGCUGAGUCUAAAUACUCAAUGAUGCAGCGAAUGACAACCAGCAGCAGCUCUCCCAGUCUCCUCAACGAUGGUGCCAAGACCUUCAGCCACAACACUCAUGAUCCAGUGAACUCCCCGACAUCCUCACUGUUCAGUGAUUUUGGUGCUCUUAGCAUUUCCCAAAGGAGAAAGACUCCUAACCCGGCAGCAACUGAGUUCAUCCCUAAGGGAGCUCCACGUAUGGCCACCAUGGCGCAAUCCACUGUCCAGGCCUUCCCCUCGCCUAUCUUCCCACAUCCUGGCCUCAGCAGCUCCACAGCUGCUGCACUGGCUCCAGGCAUGUCUCUGUCUGCGGGAUCUUCUCCUCUCCACUCCCCGAAAAUUACGCCACACACCUCACCUGCUCCUCGUCGGCGCAGUCACACCCCAAACCCUGCCAACUACAUGGUGCCCACCACCGCAUCUGACCAAGGCGCUCACAUAAUCCAGAAAGAGACUGUGGGAGGGACCACCUACUUCUACACAGAUAACACCCCGGCACCUAUAGCUGGGAUGGUGUUUCCUACCUACCAUAUCUAUCCCCCCACUGUGCCCCACGUGGCUUACAUGCAGCCGAAAGCCAAUGCCCCGUCCUUCUUCAUGGCCGAUGAACUCCGACAGGAGUUGAUAAACAGACAUCUGAUAACCAUGGCCCAGAUUGACCACUCAGAGAACCCAGAUGUACCAUCUGAGGUGGACAGCUACCACAGCCUGUUCCCCCUCGAAGCCCUCCCCCCACCAAACCGCAUGCAGAAGACCAGCAACUUCAGCUACAUCACCUCCUGCUACAAGGCGGUCAACAGCAAGGAUGACCUGCCUUACUGCCUGAGGAGGAUACAUGGUUUCCGCCUUGUUAACACCAAGUGCAUGAUGCUGGUGGACAUGUGGAAGAAGAUUCAGCACUCAAACUCUGUAACACUGAGGGAGGUCUUCACCACAAAGGCCUUUGGAGACCACUCGUUGGUGUUCUCCUAUGACUUCCAUGCAGGUGCAGAAACCAUGUUCAGCAGACACUUCAAUGACCCAGCAGCAGACUCGUAUUUUACCAAGAGGAAGUGGGGACAACAUGAACCCCCCCCACCACGGCAGCACGCAGGUCUGCUCCCAGAGUCUCUGAUCUGGGCCUACAUUGUCCAGCUCAGCUCGGCCCUGCGCACCAUCCACACUGCUGGCCUUGCCUGCCGUGUCAUGGACCCCAGCAAGAUUCUUAUUACUGGCAAGACCAGGUUACGGGUGAACUGUGUUGGGGUGUUUGAUGUCUUAACCUUUGACAACAGUCAGACCAAUCAUCUUGCCCUAAUGCCACAGUACCAGCAAGCAGACCUAGUGUCCCUGGGCAAGGUGGUGCUGGCGUUGGCAUGUAACUCCCUGGCUGGCAUUCAAAGGGAGAACCUGCAGAAGGCCAUGGAGCUGGUGUCCAUCAACUACUCUUCAGACCUCAAGAACCUCAUUCUGUAUCUGCUGACUGAACAGUCUCGCCUGCGCAGCGUCAAUGACAUUAUGCCGAUGAUUGGAGCUCGAUUCUAUACACAACUUGAUGCAUCUCAGAUGAGGAAUGAUGUCAUUGAGGAGGACCUGGCCAAGUGCAGAAAACGUUUGACAGGGUGAGACAGACAGAGAGGAGGAAGAGAAAGGAGAGGCAGGAGUAAAUUAUAUCUGCAGAGGUGAAAGGUGAGCUACAACUUCAAAAACAGCAAGUUUUAAUCGUAUCUGUAGGUGCCCAUAUUUUAAAGUAUUACUAGUCCUCUGAACAUCCAGAUAUCUCUCAAUAUUAGUUUACACUUGGCUUUGAUCUUCAGAAGCUCGCCACUGUUGUCUUUUUAGAAGAAAAUGCAGCUCUUUCUGUUUGACUUUGAGUAAGGAGGAAGUGUGCUCCUGCACAAUCUAAGACAGAAAGUCAAGUGAGAGUUUCAGUUUCUGACAGUGUUGCCCACAAUGAUAAGUGUUCUUCCUUUAAAGGGGUCCCUGUUUUUUAAAGGAGGAAUUGUCACAUACGCCUCUGACUCUAGAAAUGUUUGUUCAUUCUUCAUUUAUUAGUUCCUUCUGCUACCUUUUUUCACUAUUAUUUCCUCUUAGCCUAUAGCUUGGGCCAUCACAAGUUGAUAACGAGCACUACCAACUUAGUUGUGUCUGUCAGAAUUAUGUAAAUGCCAUAUUAAGGUACUGAAAUAGCCUAAGUAGUUGCAUAAAUAUGAAAAUUGGGGGCAGGGAGUAUCCUGAAACAAAGGGGAAAGUAGCAAAAUAAGAUUCUGGCACUUGAUGCAAUUCUGUUUUAAAAAAUAUUACCAGCAACAUCUGCUUGUGUCUGUAAAUUCUCAUUAAAAAAAAGAUUAUUUUCUGGCUCUUUAUGGUGAAUCACCGCUUUACUUUUAUAUAGAAAACUCCCCAUUUCAUAAACUUCAAUUUAAAAAAAUUAUACUUGCUGUGGCCAAAGUUAUUCACUAUACCUAAAGUCAGAGAAAGUAACAUUUUCAGUCCUUAGCCUUCCAAAUAGGGGGUAAGCAUAUUCCUUGCAUCUAACAAUAUGUUCAUAUGUACUGCUACUACUGUUAUUUGAAGUGAAGAACAUGAAAAGUAAAUACUACAAAACAAAUGCUUAAAGGCUAUUCAACAUAUUGUUUUAACCUAUAUACUCAAUUACGAUACAGACUAGCAUCUAUAGUUAUUAAUUAUUGCAAAUCAAUGUCCACAUUAGUUCUUAAUAUUGAACAGAGACAAGACAGGCAGCAUCAAAGUCCCUGGUGUCCUUUUAACUGCUUUAAAAUAACCUAUUUUUUUCCUCCUCAUCAUCACACUACAUCAGCCUAAACGUGAAGUAAAAAUGAUUUAUUUUUGGUUGUCGUCUUCAGUAGCUCAUCUUUGAGUAGCAUUAAUGAGGCCAUGCUUAAUGUUACAAAUAUGAAAACCACCACAUACGUUCUAUAUUCUGUCAACUACGCCUGUGUCAGAUGUUACACCUCUUCUGGUCCACUGCAGAUCCAGUGGAUUUUAACAGCUUAAGUGUUAGUUCAUGUGUUGAGAAAAUUCCCCUACUCAUUAAUCUAAAUACACUUUUUAAUACCCCUCUUGGGUUAGCUGGAAAAUGCAUCAUUGCAAAGCUGAAAACAGGAUGUUUUUGUGACCUUUUUUUCACACUACAAUCGUGAUGAUUUUAUAGAAUACGAUGCAUUGCUGUAAAUCAAACUACCCAGCAGUAUAUAAAGUAGUUAAAAUACAACAUACAUAUAUAGUACAACAUUAAAAAGCAAAGGGAUUAUCAUCACUGUAGUAUUCUGAAAAAUAAAUUGCUCUCAAUUUUGAUAACUUCUUAUUCUAUUCUGAUGCAUGCCUGAUGUUUAACUCAAAAUACAGAUAUAAUAGGAAUACACUGACAGGGAAUGUUUUUUUGCUUUAUAAAUACAUUUUGCUACAAUAUACUUAAAUACCUUUUACCAUUGUAAUGUUAGAUUGAAGAAUUUGUAGUGGUGGGGUACUAAAGGACCAGUGUGUAGGAUGUAGUGACAUCUAGUGGGGAAGUUGCAGAUUGCAACCAACUGAAUCCCCCUCCCUUUUUCACAGAAGAACCUACCGUUGAUCACUUCAGUGUAAAAACUUGAAAAGGUCCUAUCUAGAGCCUGUGUUUGUCUACUCUGGGCUACUGUAGAAACAUUGUGGUUCGACAUGGCAAACUCUGUAGAAGCUCCUUGGUUGUUUGAACUUUUCUAAUGCAGGAUGAGUUCAAGUUUAAAUCUUAAUAAACCUAAAAACUAACAAUUUCAUGUAGUAUUCUUAACAUAAAUGAAUAAAAAGUCCUCACAACCCCCCAGUGAAGCUUUGGUUGAUGGAAUAUAUACAAAUAUGGAUGAUGAUCGUUUCAUUUGCGUCAUACGCUUGAAAGUUUACCUUUUUCAUGUGCCGCAAGAGGUCUUUAAAUUCUGAUUCAAAAACUCGAUUUUAAAUGAUAUCUAUAAUUAUAUAUUUAGGCUAUGCUGCGAUAUACAUAUUUUCUCUAAAAUACCAUACUGCAAAUCCUGAAAUAGUGGCCGAGGAUAGGGGGACCAGGUCUUUAUUUUGAAGCAGGUUAUACGACUGACAUUAGAUCUUUCUAAUUCAAGCUGUUUUGUAAGUACAUGUGAUUUAUCUUUUAGUAUGAAGCUUUGUCAACACUGCUGAAUUUAUAGUAAGAUCAGAACACCAGAUACCCUGUAGCCUGCAUAAUAAACACAGACCAGAAAUGUCCUGACUUCUUUGCUGAUGUAGGCCUCUUAGCUUAUCUUUAAACUGCUGUAUUGUGGGUUGUGUUUUAGCAAGAUACUAAUCACCCAUAAUAGUGAAAAAAGAUAGCAGAAAACAGAGUGUUGGACCUGGCUCCCGGCCCUCCCUCCAGCAGCAGCAGCAGAAUAUUUUCCUCACUUAGUGCCGAAUUAAAAGUUUGUUAGUUUAAGUUCAUACCAUCUUUAGUCUGUUAAGAAAAUGAUUACUUUAAAGUCUGGUUUUUAAGUUUUAUUUCUGUGAUGCAACUUUCCACGAGUAUCCUUUCUGUGCAGUUGCUCAAAAAAACCUUCUUAAGGGAUGCUGACUGUCCAUUUUUCUGAAUAUGUUUGGAACUGCUGGCGCGCCCUGGUAGAUGAAUGGUUAAAGAAACCGCAACGUCCACGGUUCGAUACCGAGUACAAUGAAGGCAAAAAUAACAUUUAAAAAUGUUUGUGGCUGGUGAAAAUGAAUGAAUAC